AUGGAGUGUUGAAAUUUGAGGAAUUAUGGAGAAAUUGAAAGAGAUUGAAAGUGAUAAAGUGUUGGAAGUCAUUAGGGAAUAUUUCACGGACGAAGAAUGGAAAGAUUUGCCGGAAGCCUUGAGGUCUCGAUAUUUAACCACGACAAGAAAUUAUCUGGAUGACUCUUUAGGGGGAGCGUUCCUCCUUCCUAUGCCCGACUUUAUGAGGAACAAGAAAAAGUUAUCAGAAAAGAAAGCAGCUGUUUUGGAUAACACUAAAGUCGUGAAACCUGCAUCUGCGGCCCCCAAGAGAGAAAAAAACAAUACUGUUUUGACUGUGAGAAGAAAUCCGAAGAGAGCCGUACCCGAAAAGAAUUAUUUUGAAGAGGAACAGCCACCUGAAGAUAGAUAUAUAU